CAAAGGUUGAAGUAUUUUGCAACACAAAGUGAGAGGAAAGAGAACAGUUUGCUUUCCUGGUCUUGAACUACAGCAGAAGAAGAUACAAGUAAACAGCAGAGGAACCAGCAGCAGUAAAGCAUGUCUUUUGAUCCGGACAAGUCACCGCCUCGACCAGAACUGUUUGAUUUCCAGGGAGUCUCGAUGACCCACUACUUCACAGACAACUGGGAGAACAUUCAAAACUUUCAGGCCCGGCCGGAUGAUAUACUCAUUGCGACAUACCCCAAAGCAGGGACCACCUGGGUCUCCUACAUCCUUGACCUGCUGUAUUUUGGUGAGACAGAGCACCAGAAGGACGUCCCAAUAUAUGAUAGAGUGGCUUUCUUGGACAUCUUCAUCCCAUCUGUGCUUUCAGGUAUUUACCUCACCGCAGCUGUCAAGAAGCUAUCGAAUCGCUGUUCAGCUUCAAAGCUUUGCUCACUCCAUCUUCACCUCUUCACACAAGGAACAGACAUGGUGGACAACCUCGCCACCUCCCCUCGAAUCAUCAAAACUCACUUUCCAGUCCAGUUCAUCCCAAAGUCCUUUUGGGAGAAAAACUGCAGGGUCGUGUACGUGGCCCGUAAUGCCAAAGACAACGUGGUGUCUUAUUUCCACUUUGAUCGCAUGAACAUUGCUCAGCCGGAGGCCGGAGACUGGAGCAACUACCUCCACAGAUUCAUGGGUGGAAAAGUGGUGUAUGGAUCCUGGCACAACCAUGUGAACGGCUGGUGGAAGAAGAAACAGACUUACGCGAAACUCCAUUACAUGUUCUACGAAGAUCUGGCCGAGGACACCGGACGGGAAAUAGACAAACUCUGCUGCUUUCUUGGUUUGUCUCGUUCGGACGAGGUGAAGAAAAGAGUUACGAAUGGAGUGCAUUUUGAUAACAUGAAAAAGGACAACAUGGCCAACUACUCGACCAACCCGUUUAUGGAUUUCAAAAUUUCUCCUUUCAUGAGAAAAGGGAAAGUUGGUGACUGGAAGAACCAUUUCUCUGCGGCCCAGAGUGAACAGUUUGAUGAAGACUACGAGAAGAAGAUGACUGAUGUCACUCUACAGUUCCGUUCUGAAAUUUGAUCCAGAAUGGCUUCAUAUAUGUGGAGCUGGGUCCAGGUGUUAAUGAAAAUGUGGCAUUCCCAUGAGCCUAUAAUUCAAUUAGUUUUGUAUAACCAAAAUCACAAAUCUACCUCGGAGGGCAUUACAAUCUGUACACAUUCGACAUCCCUGACCUUUGACCUUACAUUGAAUCAGGAAAAACAGACAUAUUUUGUAUGCUAUUCAUGUAAUCAUGAACAAGGAAGUACAAAGAUAAAGGGAGGGAGAGGUGGACAAGUUUGACCCAGGAGCCUGAUUUUCGUUCCCCGUGUGAAACGAGAAAAGAAAACUCAUGUAAACUUGUGUACUUCGUGUUCUAGAAUUUUUAUUUAUUUUCCUAAACCUAACAAACUUUGUUCAUUUUCCUAAACAUAACACACUUUGUUUAUUUUCCUAAACAUAACAAGGUAGUUUUGUUGCCUAAACCAAACUGAAUUGUUUCCUGUGAAAAGGGAAGUUGAUAAGACUCUGAUGCUGAUCUAAGUGAUGACGAUGACCACAUUGAGGAUCCUGAUUAUCAUCCCACACAAGCAGAAGAGACUGGGGAUACCUCUUUUGAUUCAAUGGAUGAUAGAGAUGUGCAUUAUGGUAACUGUGAACAUUGGCCUCACUGUGACAAUCGUGGGAGGUGCAACGUGUGUCCAAAGGGAGUGUCGAGAUGGAAAUGUCAGAAGUGCAAUGUUUUCCUGCAGGAAAAGGUUGCACUUCUGACAUAGCAUUGCUGGUUUGCAUUCAAACACGUGUGUUUGUAGCUAAUUAUGAGAAAUAAAGUGGAUCUAAUGCACAGUUGAGGAAUGUUGAGAGUAAAAUGUUAUAAAUGCAAUGUUUUGUGUGUGUAUUGCAGUGUUCCCUUUGUUUGAAUGAAAAACAAGAUAGCAUAUCACCGAACAUGAGACAUGUGAAGUGUUUCUAACAUGUAUGCUGUUUAUUACUGCCAUAGGUUAGCAUUGUAUUUGACUAAUUCUAUUGUUUUGGUAUUUGUAUAUAUUUAACUACUUUUACCAUGAACUGAAUUAUUGGCAGUUUAGACACCUGUAUUUACAAAACUGUGAGGUCUGUUAAAGAAACGUUGGGAGAUUGUUGUUAUUACUGCCCCAAAGAAUAACAAAAUGCAACAAACUUCUUUUUCCAUGACUUUUUUCUUGGUGAGGUCAAUAAAGGGUUAAAAAAGC